AUGCCGGAAAUAAUUCCAGAGCUGUCUCGUGCUCAGAUAGAAGACAAGAGCAAGGGUAGUAUGCUGGCCAAAUCGCUCGUAUGCUUCCAAGCGUGGAAAUCAACUCAGAGUAACGCAAAAAGUAUCACGAUAGCGGCGUGGUUCUGCAUCCAAUGCCUCACGCGCUUCGGGCAGAAGCUACCUGUCAGCCUUCUCGAGCUCAACACGCUCGGCCACGCAAUUUGCACGCUACUCAUCUACUGCAUGUGGUGGGAGAAGCCGCUCGAUAUUGGACAGGCAGAGGCCAUCCGUGUUAGCGGCAGUGACUUGGAGAGGCUUGUCGCUGCCAUGUGCGACACAAGCGAGGUGGAGAUGAUAGUCCAAACGGACGCCUUCCACAGGAGGCGCGAGAUUAAAAUCCCCAUAAAGAGGACGGACAAGGGCCCCGUUGUGGACUUGCGUGAUGUCUGCGCUGCAUAUAGGAAGUUGUGCACAAGGCUGUAUAAAGGCCUAGUCAAAUUUAUGUGA